CCUGGGUGGCGGGAAGGCGUCGUCGUCAGCUGCUUGGACAGUUGGACGGCUAGUCGGCUUGAGACUAUGGCUGACAGCUACAGUCCGAACAGCGAGCCUACGACGCGCACUCUGUUGCGGCGCGUGUUGGAUACAGCUGACUCGCGCUCCCCGCGGCGUCGCUUGAGUGUUCGGGCUGGGACCCAGAGAACCCUGCCUGAAACCCGUUUAUCUUGGAGGCUGCGCAGCCAAACCAAGCCAACAACCAAACGACGCUCCCAUGGAACUAGGUCCCCGGGCAGGCCAGCUCAUAGCCAAGCGAGGAGACACCUGGAGGAACAGACACCUCGGACUCUGUUCCAGAAUAUCCUGCGGACAGCCCCAGAAUCAUCUAUCCUGAAGCCAGAGUCAACAGGGAAGCCUGUGCCAGCACCCACAGCCGCCCAGCCCCCGAGACGGGAAAGCAGUCGGAGCAGCCUGGAACUGCAACUUCCGGAGCUUGAGCCCUCUACCAGCCCAGCUCCAGCUCUGCUGGCCCCUGGGAGGAGGAAGCAAAGGGUGCGGCUGUCCAUGUUUGAACGACAAGUGGACCAAGGUCAGCCUGUUGCCCAAGAGCCUCAGGAGACUGCAGAUGCAUCCUCCCUCACCAGCUCCCUCAACCUGAACUUUGCCACCCCUCUUCAGCCGCAGUCUGUGAAGAGGCCUGGCCUGGCCCGCAAGCCUCCCCCACGCCGUGCUGUGGAUGUGGGGCUCCUUUUGCAGGAUCUGCGAGAUGCUUCCUUUGCUCCUACAGGUAACAGCCUCAGAACCUCUGUGACCACUGUGCCGACAGACACUGCGUUGGAGGACACCCAACCCUUCUCCCAGCCCUUGGUUAGCCAUUCCCCUGCUGUGCCUCACUUCCUUCCCCACCCCUCUCACAAUGAGAAUGAAGAUGCUGAGAGGACUGUGUCCCACCGGACACAGAGCAGUCAGCUCGGGCUGCAGAGUGAUGAACUUCAGCCUUGGCCUGCUGCUACUCCAGAGGUGACAGAAGCAGUGGGAUCCCAAGAUGCAGCAGAGGCUGAGGAGCUGGAUGUGCCUUCAGGAGAGGAGGACCCCUCCGAUAGCACAGCAGGUCCAGAGAUGGCCUCCAGCAAUCCCAGGUCUCUCCAAGCUGAGCAACCUCCUCUGUUCUCUGAGCCACCGCCACGGCCUGAUGCUACCCUCAGGUCUUCCCAGGCUGUGCCAGCCAGGCCUCCUCCCAGGCACCGAGCUGCUGGCCACAGGCCCCGUCCAGAUCCAUACAAGACUGGAUUGAAUCAUUACACAAAACUCUUCCGCUUCUAUGCUAAGAUGCCCAUGGAGAAGGCGGCCCUUGGAAUGGUAGAGAAAUGCCUAGACAAAUAUUUCCAUCGCCUCUGUGAUGACCUGGAGGUAUUUGCUGCUCAUGCUGGCCGCAAGACGGUAAAGCCAGAGGAUUUGGAGCUGCUGAUGCGACGGCAGGGCCUGGUCACUGACCAAGUCUCACUGCACGUGCUUGUGGAGCGGCACCUGCCACUGGAAUACCGGAAGCUGCUCAUCCCCUGUGCAUUCAGUGGCAAUUCUGUCUUCCCAGCCCAGUAGCACAGGGCCAUAACACUUGUCCCCUUCCCCUUGGCCCAUCUAUUCCUCCAGGUCUCCUGGUAUCCUUGCCUGCCCCCUAGCAUCAAUAAAGUAUCACAA